AUUCGGUCUGCCCUAGAAGACCUCUGUGGUUUAAAUACUUCUCUGUUUUUAUGUCAGAGAGAGAAAGGUGCUGUGGUUACUUGAAUGUCUUAGAAUCGCCUCACUUAGUUAAAUGGCUCUAUUGGAAAUGGCUAAACAUGAAUUAUAGGUGCAAAUGCUGAGCAAAAAAAAAAAAAAAGAGGAGCCUUGUGUCAACUGUAUAGCAAUGACCAAAGGAACAAAAAUAACACAUUUGUAUUGUUGUGAAUUAAUAUUAUUGUUGAUUUUGUUUGUAGUUUAUUGAGAUUCUCCACCGUGGCAUUCUCGCAGUACAACACCAUGCCUCAUGGCUUCACUAUUCCCCUAAUUAUUGGUGGAUUUUGAUGAGCAUAUGAAAUAGCAGUAUUAAAAUAAGACUAGCUUUCUCAGGCUGAUAUCACUGCAGCGAGGAGCACAAAGAAUGGAAAACGGCAACUCUGCAGAUAAAAAACAAGGAUCAAAAUUAUGUUACAACCACUUGCAUAAUGUGAGGAAAGAGAAAAAGGAGAAGUCAUGUCACCAGUAAAUGUAUAAAAAAAAAAAUCAGGUUUUUUUUUUUCCACUCUUGGGUGUCUGUUGUCCAAAAUGAAGCUUCUGUUUAUAUUCAUUUUGCCACUGGCAUUUAAUGCUUCAAGUGUUGAUGCCAAUAAAAACCUGAGCGCGGUGCCCAGCAUCACUGCAGUUCUGGGCAGAGACGUUACCAUACCGUGCACUUACCAGCUGUCACCGGGAUACUCCGAAGUGAGUUUAAAAUGGGCAAUAAGGAAGGAUGGAGACACUAAGACUAUUCUCUACAGGGACAGGCUCAGCUACAGCAUUCCCCUCUCGAUGUACAGAUCCCGAGUAAGCGUCCCAAGCACUGACCAGGUCGGGAAUGUCUCGCUCACUCUGAGAGAAAUGUAUUUCCAGGACAGAGCAGAUUACUUGUGUGAAGUGACCUGGAGAAAUGGGAGUGAAAACACAGUGCAGAACACAACGCUCAUCAAAGUAUCUGUCAUCCAGGUUCCUGUUUCCAAACCAGUUAUGCCCAAUGUCCAGUCCCCACUCUACAUCCAAGCGGGUCAAAGCAUCAGGCUCACUUGUACAGCUGCUGGGUCUUUACCCAUCACAUACAUGUGGUACAAGAAGCAACCAGAUGGGACCAAAACAAGGUUAUCAAGACAAGCUGACCUCCGCAUAUCUGAUGCAGGAACAUACUAUUGUGAAGCAGAGAAUGUUGCUCCUGGAAAGAAAGUUGAACAGAGUGAUCCAAUAGAACUUAUUGUACAAGAUGUUACAUCAGCCAUGGCAUCUACAGCGCGUACUGCUGAGAAAGAUGGAAAUGCUGUUUCUCCUGCUUCGCAUCAAAAAGGGAACAGGACUCUGUUAAGGGUCUACAUUCUGAUUGCUGGUCUCUGCAUCCUGGUGCUCUUCGUUGUCAUCAUAGCCAACGUCAUAAUUAUGAAGAAAAGGAAUAAGCAAAAAAAUGCAUAUGACCUUGUAACUUUUUCCUCUCAUCUUGCUGGGGCAAAGAACAACAUGGAAGACAAAAAAUGCAGUGCUCGCGAAAACGAAUAUGAAGCGAUGAUAUGCAAAAAUGAGAAUGAGUAUGCUACCAUGACUAAGACAUGAGCCAGCUCAGGAAUCAAUGCAUCAGUACUCAAACAACUGCCCUAGUUAGCAAAGUCAUCUGGAAUGGUGCUGUUCUGCAUUCAUGCAUGGUGAUCAUGAAAAUCAAAGUGGUUUGAGUAUCUCUAUUAUAAAAACUUUUGAAAAGUUUAGAGUUCAAAAUUGCAAUCUUCCAGAACUCUGCUCAGUCACCAGGAGUUGCAUGUUAGGGCUAGGUUACACAAUGCACUGGGGCAGUAACCUUUUCACAACUUUUAUUAUGUCUUGCAACCUCUAAAACUGCUGUUUUGUAGAAAACUGCAAUGCAUAAUCAAUUGUGGCUUAUCUCUGCAUACUUUGAAAGUGCUUCUUGCAUAUUAUUUCCAUGUUUAGGACCGAUCUGCUGAUCGUGUGUGUCGAUAUCUGUGGUAAUCUGCUCUGACAAGCAUUUGAAUUUAAUAAAGAGUGGAUUACCAUGAAAACAAAACCUUCAUUAGCACAACUGCAUUCAGAAGCAAACUAUUAUACCUUUAUCUGCAGAAAUCAGCUAUUAAGUACUGGGAUCCAUACAAAUUGCCCUACAUAUUUUACAAACAGCUCAUUGUUAUGCUUUCAGCUUGAGUGCAACUCUUAGAGUUAUUUUUUGAAGACAUGCUGUGUUAACAAUUGGACUGUAAGUAUGAAACAUUUUGUAAAGCUAAAAGAUAAAGCAUAAAAAACAUGUCCAAUGCAUUCCCCAAUGAUGUACUUUAUAGGUACAGAAAUAUAGUUGUAUUGAUAUUACUAUACAUGUCAUAAUUACACUGUAAUGACACAGUAACUACACAUGGUUGUGCAGUUACAUUGUAAAAACAUUUUUUAUUACAGUAGGAUAACUAUAGACAGUUGCUUGCAUACUUUGUAAUUACAAUGUGCUUACACAUCAUUGUGUAGUAACAAUAUAAUUACUUUGUAACAGCACAUCUAAUUACAGUGUAAUUACAUUGUGUUUUGAGACUUAAGGGGGUUGCUCUUGUAUUUGCUAUAUUUUGAAUUAUAUUUGUGGCAUUCAGUCAAUUAACAAAGCCUUAUAGUUUCCCAGUGUCUAGCACUGGAAUUCUUGUUUACAGUAUGGUCUUUUUCAUCUGAAAAUAUUGUAUAUUGUUUUAAUAAAACACAAUUAGGAUGGCUUGCUUUUACUCAACAAGGGUUCGAUACCUUAUUUUAAAAACACUUAAAAAUCAAAACAGCAACUUAAGAAUUCAUCUUUAGUCAAAUGCCCUUUCUUUGCAUUUAAAUGACUGUUCAAAUAGCUUACAUGUGGUUAUAUUAUGGAUGCAUUGCAUUAUCAAACUAGAAUGCAAAACAGAAUGUUUUUGACUCGUAAAACUGCAGGGUCCAAUGCAUUGUCUGCAUUCAGAGAUCCUGCCAUGCUCUGGGAAAUCUAAAACUCAAUUUGAAUUGGUAACUUCAAUUCCCAUUAUCAUAUUUGUAUGGUAGUUUAUUUGUGCUUGUUUGCAAUGAUUCAGAGUCACGCUUAUUGUUUAAAUCACUAUUUAUAAACGCAUGUUUCUGCAAGUGUAACACAUCAGGGAGGGGGUUAAUAUCCUGUGUACAUCCUCGAGCGUACUUGUUUAAUUAUUUGUAUUGUACUGUGCAUUAUAGCCCGGUACAGGGUAUUUAAAGAAAGCAGCCAGUCCCUACAGGGCUGCUGCUGUGUGAAGGAGCCUGAUUGAAGAGGUGCUCAAUCGUAGUAAAAAAAGGGUAACUACUCCUUUUUUUUUUUUUUUUUUUUUUGUGAAACUGUGUGUUUUCGAGCCAGCAAGCAGCUUAGCUGUCCGGCUUACUAGAACUAGGUUCCUGACGUGUGCAGUCAGCGCUCCAAAAACAGAGUUAGGGUUUUGAUUUGUUUUGUAAAAAUUGAAGUGUGCGCGAGCGCUUUUCUUUCAGUUCCUGUGUGUUGGGUCGUGUUUUGAAGGGAAAAGAGCCUGAGAGAGCCUGUGUGGCGAGCGUCUCCUUCACAUAAGUGACAAUACAUUAAGUGUGAUGAUUGAACUUUGGACCAACCGAAUGCCAAUAAAAUGACCUCUUUUACUAUACCAGACCCACACAGACUGAAGAAGCGUGACCAAUUAUGCUUACAGUGCACUAGAUUGUACCUUGUGUGUGCUUUAGCAUCUCAUUGUUAGCCUCAGCUCUCUGAAGAUCUGUUAUGUAGCUGUAGUUGCCCACAAAGACUGCUAGUCCAAUGAAUAAAGACUCCCAAUUAAAUAAUGUUUGUUGAUCUGAGCACACUUCUCAUGUUCUCCUAAUAUGUACUGUGUUGUACUGUAUGCGUUUGGCAGGUAGUAAGGUCUCUGAUAUUAGUAAGACCUCAGAUCUUUGAAGAACCCUUCUGUAGCCCUUUCUGGAUAUUACUGAACCAUAAUUAGCUAUCUGAUCACAGGAUAUCACACAUCCUCUUUUACUCAAAGCCGUAGUUAGCAUUGGAAGUCAUGAGGGCCAUCGACAUUCAUUGAGAGCCUAAGUAGGCGUUUGCACAAAACAAAUAGCUACAAAGUGCUUACUCAUUGUUUUUUUCUUUUUUUGUGUUGCAAACAAGUGAAAAAAUAUUGUAUGUAUGUUAUUACCUUGUGUUAGGUGGGAGAUGACUGGAUAUUUUUAUUAAUAUUAGAGCUAACUAUUAAAACUAAUUUACAACAUUUCUUCCCUCUAAAUUGGGAUACAUAAGGCACACAGACCAGGAGUGGAAAGGCCAGCUUUGGACACCCCAGAUUUAGCUAUACUGGGCUGUAUAACUAUCACUGCUUGUGUUCUGACUGCCUGCUUUAAGCAAGCUGAUUUUGUGGCCUUGGCAGAAUUCUAAACUCAUUUUGCUUGUGACCCAAGAGGUGAGAGUCUUGUUCAUUCACCCGAUAUGCCCCCCCUCCCCCCAAGACAAUACUGAAAGAGGAUUUGUACACAGACUGUUAGCCUUGAUCAAUAUCUUCAACAGCUUUAAACUUGAAUACUCAGGAAGGAUGUGCAAGAUAAAAAUUAUCUCUCUGAUCUA